GCAAGCAUCGGCGUUAACUAGAGUGAGUCAGAGUGCAUUAGGGCUCCAUAGUGAAGCAAGCAAUAUCUAUGGAGGUGUUAAAUUCUCAAUCUCAAAAUAAAUCCACAGGCGUCCUGGAGAAUUUAUUUGGCAUGAAGGGUGGACAUGGAGAUUACACUUAGUAGUACAGGAGCGAUUCAGUUCAGUUAAUGAUGGUUGAAGCUGCGAAGCCCAUUCUUGAGCGUGGUAUAUAUGAGAAUUUGAAAUUGAAUUUUAAUGGGGGUGCAAUAGUUCGCAUAGCAGAUUUGGGGUGUGGCACUGGGUGGAAUACUCUUGUGGUAGCAGACAGAAUUGUUAAAGCUGUGCAAUCGAUAGUUAUGGAAGGAGAUAAGCCAGAAUUUCAAGUUUACUUUAAUGAUCUACCAUCCAAUGAUUUCAACUCACUGUUACGAAUCUUGCCUCCAGUUGGACAUGAUUCCGGAGAUGCAGAUGGUGGGAGGAAGUCAGUGGCUACAAGAUCUUACUACGCUGCAGCAGUAUCUGGAUCCUAUUUCAAGCGUCUUUUCCCCGGGAAAAGCUUGCAUUUCUGUCACUCUUCUUUCAGUCUCCAUUAUCUGUCUCGGGUGGGUAAUUAAUGUUUGGUUGAUUAGCAAGUAUGUUUUUCUAAACACAAUCUGCA